AUGAACACUUAUUUUUUCUCGUUUUGCUCUUCUUUGCAACCAACUCAACAAACUAGUGCUGAUUUAAAAUCUGAUCGUACUCAAGAAGAAAGUAAAAAGACUAAAAAGAAGAACAUUUCAAAGGAAGAGAGCUCAAAACCAUCUGAAAACUCGAGAGCGCAAAUAGUAGAAGAUGAUAUAGAGGACUCUGAAAACCGUUUUCGACUAGAUUCAACUCAAGUUCCACUGAUUGCAGAAUCAUGGGAAGAUACUGGAAAGAAGAAGGAGAAAACAGAGAAUUCAGGGGGAAAAACAUCAAAGAAAGGGGAAAGAGUUUUGAGAUGGAAAGGGAUUACUGUAGAAGAGGUGAAGAAGAAAAAGAAAUUGUCACGGGCCAUUCUUGAUAACGUGAACGGGCAUGCUUUCGGUGGAGAGCUCACGUUCAUCAUGGGAUCAUCAGGAGCUGGAAAAACAACACUUUUGAAUGUAUUAACUGGAAGAAAUAAGAGUUCUUUGAGUACGAAUGGAGAGGUUUCUUUGAAUGGACGGUCCCUGGAACCAUCCGAAAUGAAACAAUUGAGUGCUUAUGUUCAACAAGAAGACGUGUUCAUGGCUAGUCAAACAGUAUCAGAAGUUCUUCAUUUUGCUGUUAAAAUGAGAAGUCCAGAGCGAUUGAGUAAAGAGAAAAGGGAGAGAUUAGUGGAGAGUUUGUUGGUGACUUUUGGUUUGAAGAAUUGUGAGAAUACAAAAAUUGGAUCAGUGAAAGAAAAAGGAAUAUCAAGGGGAGAGAAGAAGAGAUUGACGGUGGCCUGUGAGAUUCUAACGGACCCACCAGUUUUAUUCUGUGAUGAACCAACAUCUGGAUUAGACUCAUUCAUGUCUCAUCAAGUGAUGAAAUGUCUGAAAGAUCUGGCCACAGAAGGGAAAAUCGUCAUCUGUACAAUCCAUCAACCGAGUACUUGGGUUUAUCAAAUGGCUGAUCGAUUGGUGGUUUUGUGUCAAGGGAAAGUCGCAUUCGAGGGAAAAACUAAGAAUGUUGAACCGUUUUUGGCAACAUUAGGCUCACCCGUCCCUGAAUUUGCUGGAGUCAGUGAUCAUUUCAUUCGAGUUCUUUCGAGAGGUGUUGGUGAGAAACAGAAAGAUUAUGAGGCCAGAAUGCAGAGAAUUCUAAACCAACAACAGUCGACUCACCAGUUGACACGAUCGGAAUCCGUUAGAUAUCAGCAACAAAAGGAAGACAAAACAAAGAAAAAGAAGAUUUAUAGAAGCUGGUGUUUCCAAUUUUUCGCUCUGACUGGAAGAGGAUUAAUCCAAAUAUCUCGAAGAAAGAAGUAUAUUGUUGCAAGACUUAUUUUGACUGUGCUCGUCUCUUGGUUCCUCGGAAUGGUAUAUCUUCGUAUUCCAAUACACAGAGAUCAUCUACUUGGUAUCAAAGGAGUCAUUUUUGGAACACUUCAGAUGAACAACAUUCUCUAUAUGAUGCCCAGUUUGAUUUCCUUUUGGGAAGAUUUUCCUGUUGUUGUGAGAGAAUAUCAAUCGAAUAUGUACUCGCCAAGUGCUUAUUUCAUGGCGAGAUCGCUCACAGAUUCGAUUCUCCAUCUGAUCUAUCCAAUCAUCUUCUUUGUAAUCAUCUAUUUCAUGGCUGGUCUUCCAUUGACAUUCAUCGGAAUGACCACUUUUUUGACAAUGUGUAUUGCAAUGUCUAUGAUUAUUACAUCUCUCUCUCAUGCCGUCGUUUCUCUCUGUGGAAAUGUGACGAUCUCCCUUACAGUCGCCCCAUUGAUAUCAGUUCCUGUGAUGGUUUUCGGAGGAUUCUUGAUUACUGUAGAUGCGGUUCCGUGGUAUUAUAAGCCAUUGAGUUAUGUUUCCUGGUAUCAUUACGCAUUCGAAGCAAUUAUGAUUGCCUUUUUCAAAGAUCAUGGAAGAAUUGAAGGCUGUCAAACAGUGAAUCCAUUAUUCGAUAUUGAAUGCUCAACAGGAGAGAAAUUGAUUACUGAUCAAGAUUUCAAGAUAAGCAACUUCUGGUUUGAUUUCGUUGCUGUCGGAGCAAUUCUCGUCUUCUGGAAAAUAUUUGGUCUGUUGACGUUUGUUUUCAGAAUUAGAAGCAAAACUUGA